AUGUCCUUGGCCGUGUCUUCUACCUCUCAGGCCUCCUACAUCAAUGCGCCCUUGACGGACUGGAUCAAGAAUGGGCACACCGAUCUCCAGUGGUAUACAACCAUCUCGGUCGGCACGCCUCCACGAAAUUUUACGGUCCUCAUCGAUACCGGCUCACACAACCUGAUUCUCCCAGAGAUUAACUGCACCACCUGCCCUUCUAGCCAGAGGCAGUUCGACCCUACGGCAUCCUCUACCUUCUCCUGGUCGGCUCUUGGUGAAUCGAAUCCCAGGUUCAGCACAGGCGGCGACACAGUUCCCCUCGCAGAACCCCAAGGCGCACAGUGCCGCUGGGCCGUCGACGAUGUGUCCAUGCAGGGGCUGACCGCCCCAUCCUUCACAUUCCUCCUGUGCCAUGAAGAAGACGAAGCCAUGACGACGCAGCCUGGGAUCGACGGAAUACUCGGCCUCGGCCUCAACGGUACGCAGCCGGAGUCGUUCCAGUACGCCUUGUACAAUGCAGCGCUGCUGAGUAGUGGAGUCUUCAUCCUGUACAUGCCAUCAGGCAAGUUCAAGGGCGGACAGCUUGUCAUGGGAACUAAGGAUACGUCCAAGCUCGAGGUGGAAACGGUCUGGCUCUCUCUGAAUCGGGAGCUAUCUGCUACUCACUCGCAGUGGACCAUGAAUAUGCAGACCAUCUUCAUCAACGGGCAGCAGCUGGUAGUCCACAGCCCCAAUACCACCUCGUCGUCGAGUGCGAAGACCCCAUAUCCGCAAAGUCUAGUCCAGGCCUUGGACACGGGUACGUCCUUCAUCAUGGCCCCUGACAACGCGACGGCUGCCGCCUUGUACGCCCAGAUCUCCCCAAAGAUCUACCAGAUUGAUCCUGUCGGUACAUGGGGGUGCUCCUGUAAGGACAUGGAGGCAAUUGUCAAGUCUGGUGCGGAACUUACGUUCCUGCUUGGAUAUGACAGCGACGAGACGCAGAUGAACGUCACCAUCCCGAGCAGCGUGUUCAAUCUCGGCCCGUACCCUGGAACGGAUGACAUUUGUCAGGCUGUGGUCAACAACUGGCAAGACGGGGUCUUUUAUAAUGGCAUCGGCUUGUGGGAGCUUGGAUCGCCGAUGUUGAAGAACUAUGUGACGGCGUGGGACGGCCUUGGCUUACGGGUCGGCUUCGCUCCGCUGCACGUGUCGGCGUCAGUACACUCGUCGACUGGCUCGGUGGCGGCUCCCACAGCACGCAGAUCAUGA